AUGGACCAUAGCCUUGGUCCGCAUGGUACGGAUGAAGUCUACCUUGGUGAAUACCCCCCACCUGCUUUGCUUGAAGUAUACACGUCUUGCACGGCAGCACUGACGAACUUCCUGAGCGAGGUGAACUUCCCUGAGGAGUUUUACAGCCCAAGCAUCCGUGGGUAUAACCCCAACCCCGUGGCCAGCUGCUCUGGUAGAAUGGCAGAAUGGAGAUGUGAGCUUCCCUUGAGCCCGGGAGUGGUUGACAUCGUCGCUAUUGUGCCGCUCGUUUCAGACCUGGCGUUCGUUUUAGCGCCUGGAAGUGGAGCAGCCGUCAGGUUCUGGAUGACCUACCGUGCCAAGGGAAUGCCUGAAAUGGUUCUGAGCACCAUGAUGUGCCUAGCGCCUCCACGGCACCAGAUACUUCUAAAAGCUGGCCAAGUGCUCCUCAUGUCCGGUAACACCUUCCACAAGGGGCCAUUCCCCCACAACGAUGAGCCACAGCUUUACCUCAAGUUCUUCAUUGGCACACCAAGACAACUGGGGAGGCCUUUCAAGCCUCGGGACUUGAGCCAAUUUUUUGAGAUAAAAUUCCUAACAUUGACAUGUUAG